AUGGAGGAACAAGCGGAGGGAGGCGACAGGGGCCGGGAGAAGAAGAAUUGGAUCGGAGUCAAGGAGAGGGAUGGGAGGUGCUCCCUGUCACCCUCCGCCCUGCGUUCUCCCGCAGGACGCGCCCUGUUGCAGGGCUCCGGGCCCCGGGGACCCCCGGGUCCCCGAGGGCCGCCAGGAGAGCCGGGCAGGCCAGGUCCCCCGGGCCCUCCCGGCCCCGGCCCCGGCGGGGUGGCGCCCCCUGCCGGCUACGUGCCUCGCAUUGCCUUCUAUGCGGGUCUGCGGCGGCCGCACGAGGGUUACGAGGUGCUGCGCUUCGACGACGUGGUGACUAACGUGGGCAACGCUUACGAGGCGGCCAGCGGCAAGUUCACCUCGGGGAUAUCAGUCCGGGCCAGCGCCAUUGCCCAGGACGCAGACCAGAACUAUGACUACGCCAGCAACAGCGUCAUCCUGCACCUGGAUGUGGGCGAUGAAGUCUUCAUCAAGCUGGACGGCGGAAAGGUGCAUGGCGGGAACACCAACAAGUACAGCACUUUCUCUGGCUUCAUCAUCUACCCGGACUGAGCCGGCCCCAUCCUCCGCCCCCCUCGCUUGCCCUUUAUCUUGUCUUCCCUCCUCACCCACUUUCAGUUGGCCCCACCCCAUCCUUUGAGACCCUGGCUGUGGGGUGGACCAGCCUGCUCCCGGAGGAGGCUUUACUGGGCAGACAAUCAGUGCUUCCAGAAUUAGUGGCUGGGGAGCGGACCACCCACAUCCUGUGAAAGGGGUCUGAGAAGUGCGGAGGCGGUGGCCCUCUCUCCCGCUGGGAGCUGGGGACGGUCUCACUAGCCAGACCUGGCAUUGUAGGAGGGAGAACAGAGAUAGGAGUCCAUAUAGGUGGGAGAUGUUAGGACUGGCGUAGGCACUGGUCCUCUGUCAUGAAACCUCUUGCCAUCCCCAUUUUUCAGGCUCCAGGCUCCUGCCUUGGCAGCCUUCUUGUGAACUGGAGGAACCAGUGAAUUCUUUCUUAGCAUUUAAAAUCCGUUCUGUACAGUCCCCAUUUCACCUCCAUCUGGGCUACUGUUGCCUCUUCCAAUAAAGUGACAUUAGAGAAUGUGUGUGCCUCUUAACUGGUGCAC